GUGAUAAGUCCCCAUUUCUGAAUGCUGUAAACCAAAGCUUAGAAGUUCUGUCUUAUUAAUCGGUCAGUUUGAGAUCGAGAAACCAGGAUGUCCCACACAGUCAUUCCUGUGAACUCUUCGACGCUGGUCAUCCAGUUUCAACCAGUAACACAAACAGCUUCUAUAACGACGCUGACAAAUGCUCCUGGACCUGUUCAUGUACAACAGAUGACAAGAGCUUCACCUCUUCAUGGACUUCAGGCAUUUCUGAAAGGACAACCGAAAGCCCUUGGGACGGUCCAGAUAAUGAUCGGUGUGAUGACUCUGCUGUUUGGCAUUGUGUUAAAAGUUUAUGCUGAAUCCAUCUUUGUCUAUAGUGGUCUUACUUUCUGGGGAUCACUCAUCUACAUUACUACAGGCUCACUCUACAUCGCUGCAGAAAACAAAAUUAAUUCACCCUCCAGUUUGUGUUUGAUGAAGGCUUCACAUGGACUGAACAUUUUCUGUAUUAUAACCGCAGGCAUUGCCAUUGUUUUAAUUUCACUGGAUUUGGCUUUAGGGGGAUUCAGCACUUGCUACUACAGUUAUAGCUGUGAUGAUUCAGACAGAAAGUAUAAGAAUCUCUUCAGAGGAAUCAGAGGAAUAUUCCUGAUAUUUGCCUUGCUGGAGUUUAUCAUCUCCAUGUAUCUGUUAACAUUUGCCCGUAAAGAAAAAGCCUGCCGUUCUCGUUCUCAGAUACCUGUGGUAAGCAGUUAUUCCAUUCAUGGCCAACCUGCAGAGGCUCCUCCACAAUACAGUGAAAUAUGAAUUUAAAAAAUAAAGUGGACAGUGUUUCCUUAUGAAAACAAAUAUGGCAGUUUAAUGUGAUGUAAUAAAUAAUACAUUUAUUGUUAAAUAUUACAUCACAUUAUACUUCCAUAUUUGAUAAAAGAAUAACAUUGAAUAUGUAUAUUAUAAUAAGUAAAUAUAUUUUAACCUUUUUCAAUAUAUGAUAAGCAUCGAUUUCUUAUUGUCACACCCCAGAAAUGUUGGUUGCUUCUCCCUCAUGCACCCAUGGCCUAGUUUUUCCUGAUAACGUCAUUCAGUUCACCUGUCUUGUUAAUUUUCAUCUUUUGCCUGCGUAUUUAGUUCUAGUCUGUCCUGUGUUUCCUCAUCCUGUGUUCAGUUGCGCAUGUGUUACUUGCCUGCCUGAUGUGGAUAACUUUUGUGUGGAUUAAUUAAAGAUGUUAUUCUUUU